CCUUUUACUACUUUUAUGAAUCCUUGCCUGUUUCAUAACCAUAUACAAUAGUAUCUGAGGACCCCGGUUCAGGCGGAAUGGCAGCCUCUCCCCGAGCAUCCGAAGAUACAAUGAAUGGGAAGGCGACCACAAAGGAGUUCGAUGUGUAUGGAGAUGAGCAAGAGGGGGACAUUAAGUACAGGACAAUGGUUUGGUGGAAAGCGGCCGCUCUUAUGUUGGCUGAGACUGUCUCGCUCGGAAUACUUUCCAUUCCAUCUGCCUUUGCUAGCCUGGGUAUGGUUGCCGGCUGCAUUCUCAUGAUUGGUCUUGGUGCUAUUGCUACCGCUACAGGCUAUAUCAUUGGCAAUUUCAAGAUUCGAUAUCCACAUGUUCAUAACAUGGCCGAUGCUGGGGAAAUUCUUGCAGGGCCUAUUGGCAGAGAAGUCCUCGGUGCCGCUCAAGUCAUCUUUCUCAUGUUCAUUUGUGGAAGCCAUGUACUCACGGGCAUGAUCGCAUUUGAUACCAUUACUGCUGGGGCCUCAUGUUCGGUAUUGUGGGCAGCCAUAUCCACCAUUAUUUGCCUCAUGUGUACUGUUCCACGUACACUAAAUGGCAUCUCGCACAUGAGCAUUGUCUCGUUCGUGUCAAUCCUCGCUGCCGUCUUCAUUACUAUGAUCAGUGUAGGUGUCGUCAGCCAUCAGGGAACUGUCACCAUUACAUCCAACUUAUCAUUCGCAAGAGGCUUCCUCGCCGUCACCAAUAUCGUGUUUGCCUACGCGGGACAUGUCACCUUCUUCACUUUCAUCGCAGAGAUGAAGAACCCGGAAGACUUUCUGAAAGCUCUUUAUUUCCUACAGAUUGCUGACACAACCCUGUACCUCAUCGUUGGUGUCAUCGUAUAUGCAUUCAUUGGAUCUACAGCAGUUUCCCCCACUCUCGGCAAUACCAGUGUAACUUUGCGUAGGGUUGCAUAUGGUGUCGCUUUACCGACCAUCAUUAUUGCGGGAGUUGUCAAUGGCCAUGUUUGUGCAAAAUUAGUCUUCAUCAGGAUCUUCUGCCGCAAUGGCGCAACAUCGAGACACAUGACUUCAAAUUCACUCAUCGGUUGGGCGACUUGGACCGGAAUCUGCCUCGCCAUCUGGUUAUUAGCCUUUCUGAUCGCCGAAGUAAUUCCUUUUUUCAAUGGUUUAUUGGGCAUCAUCAGUGCUUUAUUCACUAGUUGGUUCACCUACGGUAUUUCUGGCAUGUUCUGGUUCCAUCUUACGCCGCGAUCAGAAUACUGGAUGACGACAAAACAGAAGUUCAAGACAUUAUUUUGGGGCUUCACCAUCUUCAUGGCUGCCUUCAUCAUGGUUGGGGGUCUUUAUGCAAGUAUCAUUAGCAUUAUUGAUGGUAACGGUAGUCUUGUUGCAAACGCAUAAAGAAAACAAGUAUGCUACGGAUUCGUGUAUGCUACGAUCUACGUAAGGUUCAUGCUCCGACCGCUAAUCUCCAUGAGUCGCCGAAGCGCCCAAUUUACAACACACCCACUCGCUAAAGGCGACGAAUAACAAAGUCACCCACUGAAU